AUGGAAGGUAAGAGGCGUCAUUGCAGCAGAGCCUGUCUGCUGCUGUGCCUGGGCCUUCUCUGGCUCAGCCCGGGUUGCUGCACUAGCCUGCUGCAGCAGCGGCAGAAUUCGGCAGCAGGCAGCGGCACAUGGCAGCAAACCUGGCCGCGGGACAGCUCCAGCAGAGGGUUCUGGACACAAGAGAAUGCUGCAGCCUUAGCACCUGCUGCGAGCAAGAGCUUGGAAUCCAGUACGCAUGCGCAGCCUGCAGAGAGUGCCUCGUAUGCGGAAGCGCCGCAGGCUGACAGAUCGUGGGAUGACCAUGCGAAGCGCGUCUUGGGGUUGUUUCAGGCAUCAUUCCGGGCGGGUGCUAGAGAGGCAACGCCACCUGCGCCAGCGCUUCGCGCCAUUAGUCGCCGCGCAGUGCACCGCCGCUCCCUGGCGCAGUCCCCACUGGACGGGAUGCGAGCGGCGACAGACAAGGCGCUUGCGCCUGCACCCUCCCUCGACCAGACUGCCUACCUACUGGUCGUCAUGGAGGUGCAUGGCGUAAACAUCCAGCCAUUCGGCUAUCAGGACCGUGUGGACUUCCUUGUGGCGCUGGACGCCUCCAUAGAAGACAUCACGCUGGACAACAUUGAGCUGCUGGCUGUUGAGGAAUUCCUGCCGGCGUCCGGCCCAUCGGCGGAGUCCCUCAUGAACCUGUUCGGCACGAAUGCCGUCUUCAAGUCCCCCAAGCCCGCAUCGGUAAAUUACACUGGAGCACUCCCUCCUUCAGGGACAUUGGCGGCUGUGAAGUUGGCGGGGCAGCCUGCUUCGCCGCUCGCCAGCAUGGGUAGGGCUAGCGGCCGCAGACGGGCGCUGCUGCAGAGCGUGCCACAGCCAGGCCAACUCACGCCACCGGCUGGGGUGCUGACAGAGCCGGUGGUGCGCGUGACGCUGCGGAUAUCGACGACAGUGUCCCUGGCAAACAGGGUGCAAGAGGAGCUGCAGGAGGUCGUGCAGAGCAACACGACGGGUCUUGCUUCGCUGCUCCGCGCCAAAGGGCACGACGUGACAGCCGUCUACAUAAACUCCAUCACCUCCUCGCUGGCGCCAAUCGGUGGCCCCUCAAUAGCGCCCGCGCUGGCCGUCUCGCUGCCGCCUGAGGCGCCUCCGACCACCGUCGUGCGCACCAACAAGUCCGGCGUGACGCCGGCCGGUGCCGCAGAGCCGCAGGCGGACAAAACCACCAACGGCACAACCAUCGCCGUCAGCGUCGGUGUCGGCGUUCCAGUGUUGCUGGCAGCAGCAGGAGUUGCGGUCUAUCUACUAGCGUUCAGGCGAAGGGAGGAUCUGCGGCAGGGGGUCAAGGCGGCCAAAUCAAGGCAUUGGGGCGGCGAGGCGCCCGAUCCUUACGGCUUCCUCAUGAACCCCCAGCCCAGGGACUUCAAGAACCCCCUGUACCCCCUGGCCCUGGAGCCCUGCCAGAAGCUGCCCCCUGGCUCUGACAAUGGCCACGGCGGCCUCAGCACCCUCAAUCCACUUGCUGCCUCUGAGGCAAGUCAGUUCAUCAUAUAG